AUUACAAUAUAAUGUACGUUAUACCGAGUAGUAUAUAAGCACUUAAUUAGUUGGUCGAAUCUGUCGCUGCAGCUACACAAGAAACUUUGUCGCAGGAAAUCGCCAAUUGGCAAGGAUGAAGCUUGUGAUCGCCUUCUUGGUGGUGUUCUCUCUCGCCGUCUCCUCCACUGCGGAGAAGUUCGAUUUCUUCUACCUUGUUCAACAGUGGCCGGGGUCGUUCUGCGACACGAGGCAGGGCUGCUGCUUCCCGGAUGACACGAAGCCGGCGGCGGCGUUCGGCAUCCACGGGAUGUGGCCCAACUACGCCAAGUGCCGUGGCCGCCAGGGCCUCGCCCGCGCGAUGCUCGGCGACGCCGCCGGCGCCGACGACGCCUUCCUCUCCACGGUGGGGCGGCGCGGCAAGUGCUGGCCGGAGUACUGCGACGACGGCAACGAGCUGAGCCCGUGGGAGAUCCGUGACCUGGUGGCGUCGCUGGACCGGAGCUGGCCGACGCUGUCGUGCAAGAACCGGCGCAGCUUCCAGUUCUGGAGCUACGAGUGGAAGAAGCACGGCACCUGCUCCAACCUGGAGCCGCACGACUACUUCGCGCGCGCGCUGGCGCUCAAGGCCAAGCACGACCUCGCGGCGAUCCUCGCGGACGCCGGGAUCGUGCCGUCGGACACCGAGACGUACACGGUGAGCAGCGUCCGGGACGCCAUCGCGCAGGGCACCGGGUUCGUGGCCAACUUGGAGUGCAACCGCGACGCGGACGGCGAGGCGCAGCUGUUCCAGGUGUACCAGUGCGUGGACCGCGACGCCAAGAAGCUCAUCGACUGCCCGCUCGCCAUGCCCACCAAGUGCACCGACCGGGUCAAGUUGCCCGUCUUCUGAUUCCGAGUUGUCGUUUUGUGUAAUUGUAAAACGGAUGUAGAUCCAUGGAUACAUGCAUGUGUGCGUAGUAUAUGAUUUCGAAAGCGGGUUCGAAUAAUAUGUACGUUUCCCUUUGUGAUUUUUUUUUUAAAUUAUACUGUACAACGCAGACACUCACGACGUAAUGGCUGAAUUUAAAAA